UCCCUCAACAGCUGGCCCCGUGUUCUACUCCCACGUGGUCCGAGGAGGCAGGGCCGAGAUGCAGUGUGACAUCAGUACAUCAGACUCAACAGAUCGCGUCAUACUAGUGCUGUGGUAUAAGGAUGGCAUUGGUACUCCCAUUUACAGCUAUUACUCGCGGGGGAAAGACAUGUCCAAGCCGAGAGAUUGGUCCGACAAGAAGACACUCGGGGACAGGGGACACUUCGACCUCAAGUCCUCGCCGGCUGCCCUCGUCCUCGACAACGUGAGGGCGAGUGACGAGGGAAUCUACCGCUGUCGAGUCGAUUUCAAGAAGAGCCCCACGCGUAACGCCAGGACGAAUCUCACUGUUAUUAUUCCUCCCAAUUCGCCGACCAUCUUGGCAGAAAACGGGCUUCAGGUGUGGACGAUGGUCGGCCCCUACAACGAGGGCGCCUCCAUGACCCUCAUCUGUGACGUCAGCGGAGGCAAGCCCCCUCCUCGGGUCACCUGGUGGCUGGAAGGCGAGAUCAUCGACGACACCUUCGAGAGUCCUCAGCCCAACAUCGUGACGAACACCCUGACGAUUCCUCACCUCGCCAGGAAGCACCUCCACGCGUCGCUUGAGUGCAGAGCCUCCAACACCAACCUCAGCGUGCCCGUCCAGACUAUCAUCACCAUCGAGAUGAACUUCAAGCCCCUGACGGCCAAGAUCCUGGGGUCCCGGGAGCCUUUGUCCUCCGGCAGAGAAUACGAGCUGGUCUGCCACAGCGUCGGCGCGCGUCCCUCGGCCUCCAUCACGUGGUGGCUUGACGGCGAUCAGCUCACCAACGCCACGACCUCGACUGCCAGCUCGGGGAACGUGACACUCAGCACCCUCACCUUCAUCCCGACGGACGCUGACGGAGGGAAGUUCCUUAAGUGCAAGGCUGAGUCUCCUGUUAUUCACCACACGCACCUCGAGGACCAGUGGAGGCUCGAGGUCUACUACACGCCCCAGGUGAACCUCGCCAUGGGGAGCAGCCUCAUCCCGAACACCAUCAAGGAAGGCGACGACGUCUACUUCGAGUGCAACAUCCACGCUAACCCUUGGGUCUAUAAGGUCGUUUGGUACCACAAUGGCAUACAAGUACAGCACAACGUCUCGGCUGGCGUCAUCGUCAGCAAUCAGAGUCUAGUCAUACAGCGGGUUCAACGUCAACAAGCUGGUCUUUACACGUGCGUCGCCUCGAACAUCGAAGGAGACGGACAGAGCAACGCCGUCAUUCUCAAAGUGCAAUAUGCCCCCGUGUGCGCGCCGGGCCAGACGCACGUGUACGGCGCGGCGCGGCACGAGGAGGUGUCGGUGACGUGCCGCCUGGACGCCGUGCCGCCCGCCGUGCAGUUCUUCUGGAAGUUCAACAGCAGCGGCGAGGUGGUAGACAUCGCGGAGAGCCACGUGGAUUCGCAGGACCUGCAGUCGUCCCUGUCAUACGUGGCGAGGACGGAGCUCGACUACGGCACCCUGCUGUGCUGGGGAAGCAACAGCCUCGGGCGGCAGAAGAAGCCCUGCAUCUACAAGGUGAUUCCCGCAGGUCACCCCGACCCUCCGGAGAACUGCAGCCUCUUCAACCAGACGACGGAGGCGCUGCGGAUACGCUGCUUCCCGGGCUACGACGGAGGGCUGCAGCAGAGGUUCAUCAUCGAGGCCUUCGAAACCGAGACGGACAGACUGCUCCUCAACAUCACGGAAAAGUCGACUCCCGACUUCACGCUGACGGGGCUCGAGCCGGGAGCGUCCUACCUGCUCUACAUCUACGCCGCCAACGAGAAGGGGAUCAGUGACAAGCGUCGCAUGCAAGGCUACACGCUCAGGGACGUGGCCGAGAGGCGCACGGCCCAGGUACGACCUCCUCCCGAAGAGCUCAUGUCGUUCACGCCAAUCAUCGCGGUGGUCGUGGGGGUCCUUGGCUCCCUGGUGCUCGUGGCCAUUACCUCGGUGGUCGUGGUGAGCCUCAAGAGGAAACGUCGGCGCCCCAGGAACAAGACGGUGGCUCUGCCCAUCCAGACGUCGCUGGCGGACUCACGCGACCUCGACGAUAAGAACCCGGACUUGAUACCUGCGAACGGCAACAGCGAGACGGAAAACAAAAGUCCCACGACUCCCGAAGAAGGAGGCUUUGGAAGUGUGCAUAUCUGUGCCUCGGUGCCCUACCCUAGCAACGUGUAUGGUACUUACCCAAGGACGCCACGGACAGUAGCAGCUACGACUUCCCAGAACGGGGAGCUGAUGUACGCCGAGCUCUCCUUCCCCCGCGGGGGGCAGUACCCCCCUGGGACCCUCCCCCGCCGGAAGCCCGAGCCCACCAUUUACGCCCAGAUCGACCACGGCCUCUCCAGCAACGUGCCGCCCGUGUCCAUGGGCGUCGUGCCCGUGACCAGCGGCAUGAUGGGCGGCACCAGCAUGUGUCCGAGCACCAGCCUCUCGGGCGCCCCCAUCUGCAGUAGCGGCAUGAUGGGGGGCAUGAUGGGCGGGGGCGGGCCGCCCAUCAUGAUGGGCAACCCCGGCAUGGUGCCCGGAGGCAUACCCAUCGGCGACGUGAGCAUCGCCGCCUACACCACGCCCGCGCCGCCCCCGCACGGCUUCGGGGGCCACCCGCUGGCGCCCGCGGUUGUGCCCGAGGAGGACGAGCAGGCCACGGCCGAGACGCCGCUCAUGACCAACCCGAAGGAGAGCGAAGUGUGACCCUUGGACACGCAGGUGUGAGCCGACGGCGCCCGACCUGCGCGAGACGGACUCCAGAUGCCUGACCUUAGUGCACGGAAUUGCCUGCCCCCAGUGGAACGGGGAACGGAACUCGCCUCAGAUCAGUGGAACGGGGGAACGGGAAAUCCUUAGUGGAGCAGGAGAACGGAAUUGCCUGAAACAGACUUGCGUUGGGCGGGAGAUGCUUGACCUUAGUAAAGUGACGUUGUUCUGUGGAAGGAAAAGAUUCGUUACAAGUGCUUCACAUUCCGGACCGAAAUGAGGAAUACUCGACUCUUAUUUGUCCUUUCUCUCUCCCCCCCCUCCCCCUUUAAAAAAUAAUAUCUAACUUGUACGAAUAAAGUGAAGGGAGAAGUGAAAGAUUCGAAAUACGGACGACUGAACAUGUUAUAAGAAACAGCUAAUCGAAUCUGAAUCCUUCUUAUAAGGGCUGCAUCCCUGUCCUUAUAGAAUCUUCCACGUAAAAAAAAUAUAUAUACGACUGAACGGACGAAUCGUACACCAGGCAGUCUCCACCAAGAGGAUUGAAUCUUCCUUCCUGACAAAUAGUUCUUGUGUCAACCUCUGCGUCAGUCGCAUCAGCUUCCAAACAAGUGGUUAUCACUUUUAUCCUAUGAAGUGGACACAGCACACAGCCCACACAAAACACACACACACACACACACACACACACACACACACACACACACACACACACACACACACACACACACACACACACACACACACACACGCACACACACACCACACACACACACACACACACACACACACACACACAACAUACAAAGUCUCAGACAAACAUAACGAUAAAUAUACGAGUAUUAUUUUUGCUGAUGUACCUAUAUCUGUAGUUCACGGAAAAGUGUCUUCAUAGAGAGUGAGAUAAGUGAGAGAACAAUUAAUCGCUUAGCGAACAAGAACAUUUCAUAUAUUAAAAACGAACACUGAAAAUAUAUGAAAAAUAGCUUUCGAAGAAUUCUCACGUUUCUUAUGUUAAAAUAAAAAAAACUUUUUACAAUUAUUCUUUACAUUCCAAGGAGUCGAAUGAUAACCAAGUGCUUGUGUAUGAGAACUAGAAUUCUUUCUAUAAGAAAUUGAUAGUAUAUGGAAUCCCAUAUAGAUUUAUAUAUCGAUUGUUGAUGUUAUAAAUUUCGAAUGAGAUGAUUAAUAUGAUAACAAAAAAAGAGAGAUGCUAGUCAGUUAUAGGGACUGGCAAAAAUCAGUCUUCUAAAAAACUUAUGUUAAGAAGGGUAUCGCAGAUGAGCUUUGGCCUUCAAUAACACUGGAAUGAGGGACCAGUUUACUUCUGAGACGAUAUCAGAUAACAGAAAACGUGUCUGUGGCAUGUUCUGUCCGGUGAGAGAGAGACUUAUGUGUUGCAUAUCCAAAGCCUAUAAUCAGCCUGUAUUAAGUAAGCAAAAUGAAAGACGGAGAGAUUAAAAAAAAAAAGUUGUUUUGGCAGAUAUGAGAGUCUGCCAUGCUUCUUUAUAUUAAACAAAAGUAAUAGUGGAUGUUCCCAUAUAUAUAUAGAUAUAUAUAUAUGGACUUCAUGUAAUUUGGGGAAAUACGUUUUGAAAGACAAAAAAAAGUAAACAUGUGUGUAGGGUUAAUCUGCUGUGUACAUGUGUCGCUUACCUUCUUGUUAGAGCUCGCAUGUCGUAUGAAAUAUAAAGAGGAGAUUAUUUCAUCAUAUCUUCCUUGAUAUACUAUGUCAGCUUUGGUGUCUGCGAACUGAUGUUUCAUUUUCUGCAGACAUAUCUUGUCUUAUAUUUGGGGGAAAAGUACUAAAGUUUUAUACCAAUUGAGUUGUUGUUAAUGGAAUUAAAAGAAAAUAUUUAGAUUUUUUUUUAUUGUGAAUUAUGUUACCAUUAUUUCAACUUUUCAUGAGAAAUGUCUAUGAAUAUCAAUUUCUUGUUCAGAUUAUAUUAAUAAAGAUGAAUGAUUUCUGAGUCUUAUACACUUUGAGGGAAUAAUGUGAGAGAGAAGGGCAGGCAGGGUCCCGAGUGUCUGUUCAUACUUAGGCAAAUAUUCUAUGAAUUAUUUUCAUAACAUCUUUCGAUGUUGAGAAACCUCGCUAGUUCUAGCAAAAGAGAAGAUAGCUUAUCAAAUUAUAAAUAGGAACCAUCAACAGCAGUAUGUGUGAAAUGACAAUUACAAAAUGAUAAUUACAAAAGGUAAAUAUAUUACUGAAAAUAAAUCAUUUGCACAUCUGUAUUGUACAUAAAAGUCCGUUUCUUGGAAGUUAUCAUCACAGACCCGUUGCGCUUUUUCUGGUAUUGUCAGAGGACAAAGUUUCACUCUUCUUUAACAGUCCUUUGCAAAAUAGGAAUAUAAAAAUAAAUUGAUUUUGCAGAAAAAAAAACAACAAUAAAAUCCAAUUUUUUUCUGUAUCAAAACCAAAAACUAGGUUCAACAACAGGUAUUUCAUAUGUAGUCAGACUAUAGCUUACGGAUAAAAAUGUGGUCGACACUAUUUUCUAUUUCAUUUUCAUUUUGUUCAUAUCACUGAAUCGUUUUACUACAGUGUCAUAAUACUUUAAAAAGUCUCUCUCUCUCUCUCUCUCUCUCUCUCUCUCUCUCUCUCUCUCUCUCUCUCUCUCUCUCUCUCUCUCUCUCUCUCUCUCUCCCUCCCUCCCUCCUUCCCUUCCCUGUCUAUUUAUCUAUCUGCAUCCCCCUUUUGACCAUUCGUAUUUCUUGUACAUAGAGUUUUUUAAAAUAUAAUAGUGAAAAAAACAAACAAAAACAUUAAAUCCCUUCAGUGAAGAGACAAAAAAAAAAUCUUAAAUUAAACUCGAGUCAAAAUAAGUAUCUUAUUUUCGAUAAAGAUUUACAUAGAUAUAAAUAACAAUUGUACAGACCGUUAAUGGAAGCUGUAUCCUUCCAUUCACAUUUUAGGAACGUAUUUAGACGAAGAAAAAAGAAAUAUAUAAAUAAAACAUAUAAAUAACGGGGAAAUUUUUGUACUUUCUCCUCAGUUUAACUUCGUUACUUUCAUUUCACUUAUUGCAUUAUCACGUUCAUUAUUACUGCCAUUAUUAUAAAUGUUAUUGUUAUUCUUUUCCGUUUUGCAAUUCGUUACCACUUUUCUUUUGCGUCGAGGUAAAAGGUAUGUAAUUAUUGUAAAUAUUUGAAAAAACAGAAGCUACAUUUAUAAGGAAUAAUCAAAGACCAAAAAAAAAAACAAAAAACUGUAUACAUUCUGUCCUGUAAGAUUCUAUAAUCAAAAACGAAUAUGGAGAUAAUCAAGUCCUUUUUUACAUCUCUUAUAUUUCCUUAUUGCUAUCAAUUAUCAUAGCUUAAAGAAUCAAGCGACAACCCGUAAAUAUCACACACUAAAUAAUUUGGAAUUAUACCUGCCAUCCUAUUCCUUCUGUCUGUUUGAGAUCCCAUGAUCAUUUAUCUAUUUUUGUGCAAAGAAUGAUAUUAAAAUAAUAUAAACAAUUAGUCCCAGAAUGAUGAUAAUAAUAAUAAUAAUAAUAAUAAUAAAAAAAAAAUAAUAAUGACGAUGAUCAUAAUAAAACGUUUUUAGUUCGUUUAUGCAAUUGAAUAAACAUCGCCAGGGCAUAGACACGUGAAUCUGGUCGCGCGCGACGCCCAUCCUUGCAAACUGUAACUCAAUUAGCAUAUUCAUCAAUGUUGAUUUCAGACGCCUCCGUCCGCUGUGUCCGAACGGCGUUGCCAAAGUCCACUUCAGUAGCAAUCCUUCACGUGAUCUUUGUUUAACGGGCGUCCGUGCGGUGGCCACGCGCGUGCGGGCGAAGGGGUGGCAGAUCCGAAGGGGAGGCUGUGGUUGCGGCUUGAGGUGUCCAGGACUUGGUAUUUAUGCUGUGGACGCGAUCUCGCACACGCACACGCACACGCACACGCACACACACACACACACACACACACACACACACACACACACACACACACACACACACACACACACACACACACACACACACACACACACACACACACACACACACGAGGCAAAAGGCGACUAAAGGCUUAGUAAACGGUCGAGCUUUCACGAUUAAAUCCUGAAGCCAAUAGACAUGCAAGAAAAAACACAGAGUCCGGUUAAAGCAAUCUCCAUUUUGUGUAGAAGCAAUAUAGUGUUUAAAGCCUUUGCCUAGUAUACGACUAUACACGCGAUAAGUAAUUUCUAAGACUUUCAUAUCCAAGUUAUUUUUUCAUAACGCUUUACCACCUUUGUCUACGCUAAGAUUUUCAGAAAUAACAUCCUACUGUGAAACAUGUUUUUUUUCUUUUUUUUUCUUUUUUUUAUAGUCAAAUACACCAUUGAAAUCAUCCACUCAAACCCAUACAAAUACAAUACAUCUUUUUCGUACUGUCAUAUAUUCUGCCUCCAUAUUUAAGUCUAUUAAUAAUAUUCUCAGUUUUUAAGAGCAUUCCUUAAGUUACAGGAAACACUUUGAAUAUAUAUGUAGUUGUGGUUAAAUUUUCUCUAUUUAUUUACUUAUUUAUAUUUGAUUUUGUUGAUUAAAAUCUAAGUUGUCUUCGGAAAGUUAGUUAAUUUAUGAUAAUAUUAAUUUAUGUGACUGCUGUUUGUUUUGUAUAUAAUUAUGUGAGUUUUUUUUAUGUAUGAAUGAUGUUCAACAAAUGUGUAUAUAUAUAUAUUAUAUAUGAGUAUAAUGAUACUGAAUAUAUAGUUUAUUCUUAUGUUUCAUUACAACAAGUGUAUAGAGAUUAUACGAUUGGUCGUAUGUAUUUAAGUGCUUGUUUGCAAAUUUGUUAUGAUAUUUAUUUUUCAGUCUAAUACCGCUGGUCACCUACAUGAAGUCAAACACGCACACACACACACACACACACACACACACACACACACACACACACACACACACACACACACACACACACACACACACACACACACACACACACACACACACACACACAUACACACACAUACACACACACAGCUGAUCAUUUCUUGGUCACCUAUUCUUCGUAUCGUUUUCUAUACAUUAAGUCGUAAGGGGUGACUUGUGUAAAAUAAGGGACGAGCACAGUGCAUAUUAUAUAUACACUCUUAACUAAGGAGAAACAAAUUCAAACCAAAAGAGAAAUGGUUGUCAUUUGAGAGAAUGCUUUCCUUUUGUGGUCAAAGGAAACACAUAAGACGCUAUGAAUUUAUGUCUUGUAAAUUUAUGUUGUCCUGUAUGUUUAUGUUGUUUUGUGAAGCAUUUAAUGUGAAUAUUAUUCAUUUUUCGAACAAAUGGGAAACUAUGAGAAUUCUCUUUCUGACAGAUAUGUAAAAAGAUAAAAAAAAAUAUAUCUGUAAACGUAAUAGACUAAGAUUUACAAAAUGAAAAAUUUUGCAGUCCUUAUAAACUCAUUUGGUAUUAGAUAUAAGAUUUCAUGUCACUUUUUAUGUGUUUAUAAAUGUAAUUUUCA